AUUUAGGGACGAAAAUCGAACUCUUCAUUUCAGACUCUGCUGUUCUCAAUUCACAGCUCUUUCUCUCUCUUCUCUGAUCUCUCUCUCUCCACUGACCUCUCCGAUUUGACUCACUGAGUUUGUUCUCUUUCUGUUGAGGUAAUGUUAGCUCACUCGCUCCGCUACUUUCUUUGCGCUGGCUUAAGUUCGUCGUAGCUCAAUUUCGGUCUCUUUGUGUUGUUGCUUUUAGUUUGCCAUCUAGAUCUGAAGCUGUUUUCGCUGUGUUUUGAGCUUGAGAUAGGUGCUUAGAGAGCUGGAUCUAGGUUGAAAUCUGUAUUUUCAGCUUGCUCUUAUGUGUUUGAGCUUGUUUUGAUUUAUUUCGGAAUCUUGAAAGUGGUUGUUUUGAGUCUCAUGAAGAACUCAAACAGGUCUUCUUUUCCUUCUUCUGUUGUAAUCUUUGCUUCGUUAGCUUUUUUUAUUUAUGUUGUUUUGGCUGCUGAUUAUGUUCCCACCGAACAACUUCUUAUAAAUUGUGGAGAGUCUUCAACACAAAUUGAUGAUGAUAAGAGGAGCUGGACUCCGGAUGUGGGGUCUAAGUUCUUGUUAUAUAGCAAGUCCACAGCCGCGAAAGCGGCCACUCAAGACUCCGCAACCCCUGAGAUUCCUUACAUGACAGCUAGGGUUUCGCAGUCUAACUUUACCUAUAGUUUUCCUGUUGUGUCUGGCCGGAAAUUUGUACGUCUUUAUUUCUAUCCUAAUUCAUACAACGGGCUUAAUGCAAGUAAUGCUCUCUUUUCUGUCACAACCGGGGGGUACACACUUCUUCAUAAUUUCAGUGUUGCUCAGACUGCGGAAGCUCUGAAUUAUGCGUAUAUCAUUAAGGAGUAUUCGGUGAAUGUAGAUGGAGAAAGUUUGGAUAUAACUUUUAGUCCUUCAACGAAUGGUUCGAAUUCUUAUGCAUUUGUGAAUGGGAUUGAGGUGAUGUCAAUGCCUGAUAUAUAUAGUUCUUAUGACGGAACUUUGAUGAUUGUGGGUCAGGGUUCUACUAUGACCAUUGAUAAUACUACUGCACUUGAAAAUGUUUAUCGGUUGAAUGUGGGUGGAAAUGAUAUUUCGCCUUCAGGUGAUACAGGUCUGUUCAGGUCUUGGUAUGAUGACCAGCCAUAUCUCUAUGGAGCAGGGUUUGGAGUGACAAUUUCUGCUAAUAAUGUGACUGUGAAGAACCCUGACCCUACAUAUGUUGCACCUCAUAAUGUGUAUUCCACGGCUAGAUCGAUGGGGCCAAAUCCUCAAGUUAACCAGAAUUCCAAUUUGUCCUGGAUUUUCAGUGUUGACUCAGGAUUUAAUUACCUGGUUAGGCUGCAUUUCUGCGAGCUCCUUUCGCAGAUAACCAAAAUUAAUCAGAGAAGCUUCAUAAUUUUCCUCAAUAAUCAAACUGCAGAUGAUGCUGAUGUGAUUGCCUGGACAGGCAAUAAUGGUAAUGGAAUUCCAGUUUAUAAGGAUUAUGUGGUGCUUGUUCCAGGCAGCGGUCCACAGCAGGAUCUAUGGCUUGAACUGCAUCCAAAUGUGGCUUCUAAGUCGCAGUAUUAUGAUGCAAUCUUAAAUGGAGUUGAGAUAUUCAAAUUAAGUCAAGCAAGUGGUAAUCUUGCUGGGCCCAAUCCAAUCCCUGCUACACCGAAUGAAAUUGACCCAUCUAAGGCUCUACCUUCGCAUGGCUCUGGAACGACAAAUCACAAGGCAAUUAUUGGUGGUGGUGUUGCUGGAGGAAUUGUUCUAGUCCUUGCUAUUGGUGUUUGUGUUCUUUUUGCAUCUCAUCGCAAUAGGCGUGGGAAGGACCCGAGUGCAAGUGAUGGGCCAUCAGGAUGGCUUCCUCUUUCACUAUAUGGAAAUUCUCACUCUGCUGGUUCAGCCAAGACAAACACUACUGGAAGUUAUGCCUCUUCUCUUCCUUCAAACCUUUGCCGCCACUUUUCAUUUGCUGAGAUCAAAGCAGCCACAAACAACUUUGAUGAGGCCCUACUUCUUGGGGUUGGAGGUUUUGGCAAAGUUUAUAAAGGAGAAAUUGAUGGUGGUACAACUAAAGUUGCUAUCAAGCGUGGUAACCCACUUUCUGAGCAAGGUGUGCAUGAGUUCCAGACUGAGAUUGAAAUGCUCUCAAAACUUCGACACCGCCACCUUGUGUCAUUGAUUGGUUACUGUGAGGAGAACUGUGAAAUGAUCCUUGUCUAUGAUUAUAUGGCUCAUGGAACGCUUCGUGAGCAUCUUUACAAAACUCAGAAACCCCCUCUGCCAUGGAAGCAAAGGCUUGAGAUAUGCAUUGGGGCUGCUCGAGGUUUACACUAUCUACACACUGGUGCCAAACACACUAUUAUUCAUCGGGAUGUUAAGACUACCAAUAUUCUUUUAGAUGAGAAGUGGGUAGCAAAGGUUUCUGAUUUUGGGUUGUCAAAAACUGGCCCUACAUUGGAUCACACUCAUGUCAGCACUGUUGUGAAGGGUAGCUUUGGCUACUUGGAUCCUGAGUACUUUCGGCGCCAGCAACUAACAGAGAAAUCUGAUGUUUAUUCAUUUGGGGUUGUGCUCUUUGAAAUCCUAUGUGCUCGACCAGCCUUGAACCCGACGCUGCCAAAGGAGCAAGUGAGUUUGGCAGAGUGGGCUGCUCAUUGCCAUAAGAAAGGCAUUCUUGAUCAAAUUGUUGACCCUUAUCUGAAGGGAAAGAUUGCACCGGAAUGCUUCAAAAAGGUUGCCGAGACUGCAAUGAAGUGUGUUUCUGAUCAGGGUAUUGAAAGACCAUCAAUGGGUGAUGUGCUGUGGAACUUAGAGUUUGCUUUGCAGCUACAAGAGAGUGCAGAGGAGAGUGGCAAGGGUAUUGGUGGAAUGGACAUUCAGGAAGGGGCAUUUGAUGUUGCUUGCAAAGGCAAGAAAGAUCCAAAUGCAUCUCCAGGUUUUGAUGGUAAUGUGACGGAUUCCAGGAGCAGUGGUAUGAGCAUGAGCAUAGGUGGCAGGAGCUUAGCGAGUGAAGACUCUGACGGCUUGACACCAAGUGCUGUUUUCUCACAGAUCAUGAACCCAAAAGGGCGUUGAGAUAAAACAUCAUUCUGUUCCUCUCUCUCCCAGAAACAGGUAAUGCAAUAUGCUUUCUGAUGCUACAUUGGUGGUGUAUCCAUUUGGUUUUACUUUCAUUUAUUUUAAUGAAUUUUCUUCUACAAUUUACUCAUGAUAUCUUUUGCUCAAGUCCAUAUUUGUAUCUAUAGUUGAAUUAAGAGUGUUAAAGUAAUUUGUUUCAUAUUUAUAACCAUUUCUCAUAAAUCAACGGUCCAUGCUCUUGAUGAGAACAUGUAUUCCGGCAUUUGUAUCUAUAAAAUAUUUGUCGUGCUUAGUUUCA